ACUGAUUUUUGUCUCUUUGAGGCUUGAAGGUCGAUGGUUGAAAAUCCAGGAAGUUUUUAGCAUCACUGUUUUCUCUUACAAUCCACAUUGACGAUCUGAUGAUUUUUGUCGUCAUUGAUAUUAAAGACGUUCACGAUUUACUUUAAAGUGAUCAACAGCCUUUACGUCUGUGCUGAUUGGCCACAUUAUGUCACAUGUCUGUAUGAUCUGGAAAAUAAAGUGUUUUAAAUUAAACAAACACGAUAUUCGAGUCUGAAUAUCCUCAACAUUAAGAGUUGUGUCGAUGUUUUUCUCUCGUCUGUCUCUGUUUGUUCUGUGUUUUCCUGCUUAAGCUGAAAAGCUCUCUGUUAACGUGACUCCUCUUGUUGUUCACUGACUUCAACAUGUAGAUCCUCGUUCACUGGGUCAGUUGGUCGAUCCAUCACUGUGGGGGGGAGGGCGAUAGACACCAGACUGGCCGAGUGUGAAGCCGAUAAGAUGAAGGCUCAGAUUGAAAUCAUUCCCUGUAAAAUCUGUGGAGACAAAUCUUCAGGGAUUCACUACGGGGUUAUCACCUGUGAGGGCUGUAAGGGUUUCUUCAGACGCAGUCAGCAGAGUAACGCCACCUACUCGUGUCCUCGCCAGAAAAACUGUCUGAUCGACCGAACGAGCCGAAACCGCUGCCAGCACUGCCGUCUGCAGAAAUGUCUGACUGUGGGCAUGUCCCGAGACGCGGUGAAGUUCGGUCGCAUGUCGAAGAAGCAGCGGGACAGUUUGUACGCUGAGGUUCAGAAACACCGGCUCCAGCAGCAGCAGCAGCAGCAGCAGCAGCAGGGGCCCCUCCUCAUGUCCCACCCCAGCCUCAACAGCCCGAGCCCCGGGGACGCCGAGCCGCUCUCCCCCCAAUACGGCCUCUCCUCCAGCGGCCUCACUGAGCUCCCUGAUGAACUCGGGGGCUACAUGGAGCAGAACUCCCCCGAAGGAGGAUCCGUCUCAUCCAAGACGGACUCUGGAGGUGAGGGAGGAGGAGGAUUGUUCUACCUGGACAUUCAGCCCUCACCCGACCAAUCAGGACUGGAUAUUAACGGCAUCAAACCGGAGCCACUGUGCGACUACGGGUCCAGAAACGGCUUCUUCCCAUACUGCUCCUUCACCAAUGGAGACACGUCGCCCAGCGAGUCCAUGACCGAACUGGAUCAUCUGGUCCAGAUCAUCUCCAAAUCUCACCUGGAGACGUGUCAGUACCUGAGGGAGGAGCUGCAGCAGAUGAGCUGGCAGAACUUCCUGCAGGACGAGGUGCAGAGUUACCAGAGCAAGCCGAGGGAGGUGAUGUGGCAGCUCUGUGCCGUAAAGAUCACCGAGGCCAUCCAGUAUGUGGUGGAGUUCGCCAAACGCAUCGACGGCUUCAUGGAUCUCUGCCAGAAUGAUCAGAUCGUGCUGUUGAAAGCUGGAUCUCUGGAGGUCGUCCUCGUCCGGAUGUGUCGAGUGUUUGACUCGCAGCACAACACCGUUUACUUUGAUGGGAAGUUUGCAGGUCCUGACGUCUUCAGAGCGUUAGGUUGUGAUGAUUUGAUCACAUCGGUGUUUGACUUUGCUAAGAGCUUGUGUUCACUGCACCUGAUGGAGGACGAGCUUGCUCUCUUCUCAGCGUUCGUUCUGCUCUCGGCAGACCGCUCUUGGCUGCAGGAGAAGCUGCAGGUGGAGAAGCUGCAGCAGAAAACUGAGUUGGCUCUGCAACACGUCCUGCAGAAGAACCACAGAGGAGACACAGUUAUGAACAAGCUCAGAUGUAAAGUGGCAGCGCUGCGUUCGCUGUGCAGUCGGCACUCAGAGAAACUGACGGCGUUCAGAACCGUUUACCCCGACGUGGUACGGACGCACUUCCCUCCUCUUUACAAGGAGCUGUUUGGUGCUGACCUCGAAGUGACGCCACAGGCCGAUGACUGAGCGGCGAUGGCUCCACAGAGCCGACCGGCGGCGAACUGCUGGACUCGGACGAACGGAGGCCGGUUUGAACAGUGAUGGAGGACGUGACGACUCUGCUGCACGUUUCCUGGACAGAUGAGGCUUUGAGAAGGAAGAAACCAGAACUCGUCUCCUCUCACGGCCUCGGGUUCGGAUGCAGGGAGGAGUCAGGCGGUUUGGCUUCGCCUGCAUGAGGAUCUGAACCAGUUUCAGCUCUAACCCUGAAACUUCAGUUUUCACACUGAAGCUGGGUUUGUUUUUCCGUCACCAGCUCGUCGACACCUCAGAACUUCUUCUUACGACAAGAUGAUUUCAUUCACAUAUCCUCUGGAAACGACUGGCGAGCUAACAUGGCUAUUGAGCUAGCUCGUGGACAAACUGUGAUCAAGGGCGAAUGUUGGAAAACCUGUCAAAAGACAGAGAAUCAGAAUCCGUCCAUUUAUCUGUUGAACCAGUUAAAACAUAAAAUCUUCAAAGUGUCGAGUGGAAGUGUAGAUAAAGUUCUGAUAAUUUGAAUCAUUGAUGGUCAGACAACACAGAUUUUAAUCAUAGACUGUAAAUAAACAUGGACGACGUGAUAGCGUUAAUUUAAUGUUUGUCAAAGAAGGAGUACAUCGUGUUAGGUCUUAUCACACUGAUGUUUGUUCAAGGACUGAAUGAUAAUGAAGUCAUCACCACAAGAUGGCCAUGUUUGUAUCGGAGAUGUUUUAGUUUCAGGAAGUGGAGAAGUGUCGUCCUAGCCUGACGUUGUCAGACUCAGAAUUCUAGUCAACUAGCCCGACCAAAAAUGUUGUGGGCGGGGCUAAUUUCGUCUGGCAUCCAGGCUAGUGUCGUCCAUCUUUAUUUACGCUCUCUGUGCGUUUACAGUGUGAGAGAUGAAAUCCAGCUGCUCUGUAACUCCGGCUCUUCUCAGCUGAUUCUGUCAUUUGAAAAGUCUUUUGUAGAAGAGAAAGACUGAAAUGACAUCACCCCCAAAAAAAACUGGAAAAAGGUUUCAAGUCAAUAUUUUAUAAUGUUUGUUGAGGUGAUGCAUCACUCAGGUUCAAACGGGUGCUUCACUCACACAGUGACGUUCAUGUGAUCCCUGCUCACUGACAGGUGACCAGCUAUUCAGAUGAUAUUCAUAUAAAUUCACAGGUGACAGAUCGGGUUGAAGGUCCGGACCAGAGUCCUAAACAUGACAAUGACAUAUGAUCUGAUUGUUGUUUUUAUCAUCCAGCAGACACACUGAGCACGUAGCCUGUAGCCCCAUCUGGUGGUUAUCACCUAAAAGUGCAUGAAUUCCUAUUCCUCAGUUUCAGCAAAUCUGAAUCUCAUCUGUUCUGAAUUCUUCUGAAUUACAGUUUAUUUAAUCAUUAACUUGACAUUUAUAAACAUUAACACAGAGCUAACAUUUAACGAAACAAAAUAUUUGUAGUACAAGGGUUGUGUUUUUCCCCCAAAUCCAUUGAAAACAUUCAAACAAUAACGAUCUCAGUCUCUGGUUCCACCUGGAGACAUGAAUCUUAAAAAUACAAAAUAAAAAAAUAAAGAUUCCUGAACACUACAGAUUAUUAAAGUCCUAAUUUGAGUCUCUGUCGUGUCAGAGAAGAAAUAUCAGAAGAUCUGUCUGUUGCUUGUGUAGCAGAAGGAAUGUGCAGCAUCUCAAUUAGGUCUUAUAACGGAACCACAUGAUCAUAGAGAUGAGAAAUAUGAAAAGAUUCUAUUCAAAAGUAUCUUUUCUGAAAAUAAAUCAAAAUGUGAGGCUUAAAAUGUUUCUGGAAAAUCAAAUGAAAGUUUAGCUCAAUGAUCUGGUUAUUUAAAGGUUUUGCAGUUACAGGGCAUUGCCAGUAGGCGGUGCUGCAGCACCGUCAGAACCCAGACUUCCAGGGAAUUUACGUAAGCAGCUGUAACUUUACUAAUCUAUCAGACACGUUCAGCAUCAAACUAUGUCUUUACUCACCAACUUUUGUCAACUUUUGGUUAAACUGUCUCCUAAUUGUCGGACGUUCCCCUAAUUUUUGUGUUUGCUAUGCAGCUAAUGUCCGACUCUACUAUGCAGACACAUGAAACAACAAAUCACACAUCGACCACAAACAUCUGAUUUCAAUCCACGAUAAGUGAUAACACUUUAAAAAUGAUAUCUGUAAUAUUCUUCUAUUGUUCCAGUUAUUGGUUGUAAAAUUUCUUUGCGUAUUUUGUUGACUCGUUACGUCAUAUUUCAUUUUAACUUCUCCGUCACACUCACACAGCUCUGCACGUCCAAAGUACAAAAAUACGCUCUGGCAAAAAAUAAUUGAACUUCAGCCAUGACAAGUCAAGCAAUAAUGUAAAUGUUGUAUUUCAUCUUUAUUGUGUACAGUUUGAAAAUAGAGCAUGACGAUGCAGAUUCUAAUUUAUACGAUUUCCUUUAGAUCCAGUGUGUUGUUGGAGUACUACAACUGUCACAUGAUCACACGACGACACAAUUUCCUCUCUUUGCGUCACCUCAUUGGUUUGACGAGUCUGUACAGGCCACAGGAAAAUUCUAAUAUAGACUCCUUAUCUGUUGAUUAAUAUGCAUCUUAAUGUAUAAUAUCUGAUUUAAUGUGCACUGUUCUAUUUUAGAUUUAGUUCAGUUUUGUGUUUUUAAUAUUUCAACAUGCGUGUGGUUCUUGUUUAACUUUGUAACGUUGGCCGGGUCUGGAUUUUAUCAGCUGUGCCAACGGGAAUGUUUCUUCACAGGGAAACUCGUUAAAGGAAAAUUCAGUCUUUUUACAUCUCGACAGUAAAAACUAUUUAAGCCUCAUUCGUUUAAAACAAUGUUCACCUGGCGAGUGGAUCACAUGUUGCAGCCAGAGACGUAACGUGUUCAACAGACUGUUACUAAAGAUGGACGACAUGACAAAUCAUCAGUCCACAGAGAUUAUUAACCACAAAGAGCCGCUGAGGUAGUGGACUUUAUAAAUAUCUAUAAAGUUUUUAGAAGCUAUGUCAAUCAGGGUUUGCAACAAGUUUCAUCUUGAAAGAAGAACUGAAUUUUCCUUUAAAUGAUCAAAUGUAAAUCUGAUUAUGAAAAACUCAUGAUCCAGUGAUGUUAUUGCUCAGCCUGCACCUGUGUCAGUGUGUCGGGCUCGAGCCUGUUGAUUAAAAACGAUUUGUUUUGUUUUGAUACGAAGCAGAACGGCUGUAUCUGAAAUGUACUGAAGAAUAAAACAGAGAAAAUUA